AUGGCGGAGCUAAACGCAGAGGUCGCGAUCGCGUCGCUUGGGGGGUAUGCCCAGCUGGCGCUGGCUCCUCCAAAUACUGGGACAGCUACUUUCGGGAUGAAAACCGGCACCAGAGAACGGGCUCUGGUUGAGCGGUGGGCGGAACUAAGGAACCGGAAUCGGAAUGCUACGCUUCCGGGCAGCCGAUGCGCAGACGACAAUAAAAUCACAACGGAGACCUAA